GAGGAAGUGACGUCAAGAGAACGGCGGCACCUAGUCGGAUAAAUUCCGAGAGGACCAACGCGAACAGCUUCUUUGCUUGUGCGACGGGCAGGAAGCGAAGAUGUCGGAACGGAAAGUUCUAAACAAAUACUACCCACCUGACUUUGAUCCGUCGAAGAUCCCGAAACUCAAGCUACCCAAGGACCGGCAGUAUGUGGUUCGACUGAUGGCCCCCUUCAACAUGAGGUGUAAGACAUGUGGAGAAUACAUCUACAAGGGGAAGAAGUUCAAUGCACGAAAAGAAACAGUCCAGAAUGAGGCUUACCUGGGCCUGCCUAUCUUCCGCUUCUAUAUCAAGUGCACAAGAUGCUUGGCUGAGAUCACCUUCAAGACAGACCCAGAAAACACAGACUACACCAUGGAGCAUGGGGCCACACGAAACUUCCAGGCUGAGAAGCUCCUGGAGGAGGAGGAAAAGCGUGUGCAGAAGGAGCGUGAGGACGAGGAGCUGAACAACCCCAUGAAGGUCCUAGAGAACCGAACGAAAGACUCAAAACUGGAAAUGGAGGUGCUAGAAAACCUGCAGGAGCUGAAGGACCUGAACCAGCGGCAGGCACACGUGGACUUUGAGGCCAUGCUGUUGCAGCACCGCCUGUCACAGGAGCAGCGGCGACAGCAGCAGGAGGAAGAAGACGAGCGGGAGACUGCGGCCUUGCUGGAGGAGGCUCGUCACCGCAGGCUUCUGGAGGAUUCCGACUCAGAAGAAGAAGCGCCGCCUUCCCGACCACGGGCAGCUUCAAGACCCAAUCCCACAGCCAUCCUGGAUGAGGCGCCAAAGACCAAGAGGAAGGCAGAGGCAGUGGGCAGCAGGGCACACCUGGCUGGCUUGGUUAUGCCAAAGAAGGCAAAGACGGAAGCCAACGGGGGCUCAGAGCAGGUCCGGAUGCCCACCUCAGGUGACCCUGAGAGCAGGAAAGCAGCCAACCUUGCACCCCAGACACCUGGGGCCUCUUCCCUGAGCCAGUUGGGUGCAUAUGGGGACAGCGAGGACAGUGACAGCUGAGCCUCCAUAGUGGCAUCACAGACCCAAGAAGCCAGAAGAGGAGAUGGGAUCAAGGAAGGCACGCUCAGCAGACGCCUCGUGACCUUAUCUGCCAUGGGUCCAGGCAGGAUGUGGAGAGGCAAUGUCUUAGCACCAGGCCUCACUGAACAGACAGCCUGGUCCAUUCUGCAGUCCCUGAGUUUGCCCAGCCCCUUCCUGCCACAGAUUUGAUCAUGGGCAAGGGGCAGGGUCUCUGGGGACCAUCUCCCAACAAGGCUGCACCCUCAACACAAUACUGUAUAAAAAAAGAAAAUCACUCAAUAACCAUGUGGACCAGCUGGAGACCCCGCCCUCCUGUGUAACCAGAGUUAACAUUCUCCUGGGGUUCCAGCCACACCCCCACCCUCAGCAUUCAUGAUUCAUUUGGAAUUUGGCAUUACGUUAGUCUGUGUUCUGGUACUGUAAGAAAACUGCUGAAGCUGAGUCUGUUGUUUAGAACACAGUGAGCCUGGUACUGAGGGUGCUGGUGGAGAGCAGGCACACAUAGCCCAGGCUAGCCUCCAUCUCCCCAGUGCUGAGAUCAGAAACAUGAACCACCACCAAGCUGAUCUUAAGCCUGAA